AUGGAAGUAGCCUCAACUGCUGCUACAAUAUUACAUUCAAAAUCAUCUAAAAACGGAUGGAAAGAAAAUGUUAUCAGAAAACAGCAUCCUGUACCGUCAAUUGAAACCCAGUAUAUUAUGGAUCAUAGGACACAUGGUAGUGAGGGUGAUUCCAAUGAGAUUCCUACUUUGACUUGUCCUGAUCCUGAUAUGAUAAUCCAUGAUGAUGAGAAGGAUCGCUUGUCAUCAGUUUCUAACUUAUCCCAUUCGCGUUCGCUUACUCCUCCUCCAAUACUCGAGGCUAUGUAUGAUGGACAACAUCCCUCUAGCUCAGGGGAGAGUCAGAGAGCGGAAAGACGGUCGUUGAGAAGAAGUGCUCAUAAUAUUAGUCACAAUGGCAACAUAGAAGGAGAGAGGCGAAACAGGGUUACACGAAACAGAGAUGAUCCUACUGAGAUGGUUAACAAUUAUGUAGAUUCCUCAGAUCUGAAAGAACCUCGUCAAGUAAACCCACCUCGAGGAUCUCAACGGAUACCUUUUGUGUUACCGAAAUCUGAUAUUGAAAAGGAGAAAGAUAGAUUGAAAAUUCAUAUGGUUGGUCCGAAUAAGCGUGAAGUUAAGGAGCCCGACGAAAACCGUUCUCGACCAAAGCGAAGAUAUAGCGAAAUUCUGGUGGGGGACAGUUAUCAGGCCACGGUCAAUCUCUACUCCCCAAUUGAUUGGUCACGGGCGCCAGAAGAAGAUGCUGAUAGAGACGUGUUGAUUUGGAAAGAUUCUACAACAUUGAAUGGAGUUGAUCGAGAGCUGGACGAUGCUUGGUGUGUUAUUAGAAGACAAUUCAAAGGAAAGAUCCCUUUAGAUUCGGUGUUAUACCGACUAAUGAAGUGUGAUUAUAAUAUUGAGGAAAUGCUACGCACCAUAGAACUGGAACAGUUUGAAAACUUACCCCAGCCGUUCGAAGACUUUAACACAAUCCAGCAGAGAGAGUUUGAACGGCACUUAAGAAAACAAGGGAAUCCGUUAGGAAAGCAUAGAGAAGGAGAAAAAAUCUUCAGGCUUUUUCAAGAGAAAUUUUUAAAGACGUAUUACUUAGGAGAAAUAUUGGCAUACUAUUAUGAAACAAAGAAGAAAGGUUGUUUCCAUGAACUGUACAACAGAUGCCUUUGUCGGGAGAAGUUACUCGAGGAUGCGAAAUGCGUUCAUCGUUUUGAGUGUUCUAACUGUACGAAGUAUAUAUGGGGGGAUGUUAAACGAGUACCAGAGAGUUUUUGUGAUCUGUGCAUGCAUUUUUUCAGUCGAUACCGAUACCAUCGUGAGCCAGCGGCUCAACUAAUCGAGCCAGAAUACAAAAUUGCACAAAAGUGGUUCGAUUUGGAGAAAGAAACCAAAAGACAUUACAGUAUCUAUGAAGUCCAACAAAUUAUAGAAGAAGAACGCAUGGCAUCUAUCACACAGUUCCCUAAUGCCGAUGAAAUUCCGAACCAAUUUUUGAAAGGAAGGCAUGUUAAGCUACCGAAAGAACAGUUGUGUUCAUUUACCAAAAAAUUCGAAACAAAAACUGAUGAGAAAUGCUCUUUGUUGAGACCAUGGGGGAAAUGUCUGACGAAGUUCUCCCUCAAACAAUACACGCCGGAUGAGGCGUUUAGCUUUGUCAAAGCCUUCAAUAAGUUUGGGAACAAACCAGACCAAGUAGCGCAGGAACUUAGAGUUUCUUUAGUAGAAGCAACAACGUUCUAUAAGCGUUUCUCCGCAAAGUUCCACUUAGAAAAGCCUAAUACUGAUCAUUCAAAAUCAGGAAAAAAACAUGCGGAACCCCGACAUUCUCCCGAAGAGAGAGACGUAUCAUAUUCUCCUUCACCCGCUCCAUCAACGCGCCAUGCUUCAAAAACUCCUCUUUCAUCUUCUACUACUAAUUAUUCUUCGAACUUUACGGGUAUUCGAGAAGGAUUCAAUCCUAGGAAAGAUAAAAGAGAUAAUAGUGUUUCGAAAAGCCCUGGUAAUCAGAGAUCGAGCAAUUCUGAAAAUUUGGGAAAAUCCACUUCAGUUGACUAG